AUGGAUGAAGAACCAGAAAGAACUAAGCGAUGGGAAGGAGGCUAUGAGAGAACUUGGGAAAUUCUUAAAGAAGAUGAAUCUGGCUCAGUUAAAGCUAUCAUAGAAGACAUUCUUUUCAAGGCAAAGAGAAAAAGUUGUUGGGAGUACUUUGUAGAAGAGUAUUUUGAUCAAAAUCCUAUCAGUCAGAUUGGAAUAAUUGUAACUAAGAGUAAAAGAGCUGAGAAACUGACUGAACUCUCAGGAAACCCAAGGACACACAUAACAUCUUUGAAGAAAGCUAUUGAUAUGACCUGUCAUGGAGAACCAUCUCUUUAUACUUCCUUAAGCAUGGCCAUGCAGACUCUAAAACACAUGCCUGGACACACAAGUAGAGAAGUCCUCAUCAUCUUUAGCAGUCUUACAACUUGUGAUCCAUCGAAUAUAUAUGAUCUGAUUAAGAUCCUGAAAGCAGCUAAAAUCAGAGUGUCCGUCGUUGGGCUGUGGGCAGAGGUUCGGGUUUGCGCUGCACUUGCUCGGGAAACUGGAGGCAUGUACCAUGUGAUUUUAGAUGAAAGCCACUACAAAGAAUUGCUAAUGCAUCAUGUUAGUCCUCCUCCUGCCAGCUCAAGUUCUGAAUGCUCCCUUAUUUGUAUGGAAUUUCCUCAGCACACCAUUGCUGCUUUGUCUGAUCAAGAUGCAAAACCUUCUUUCAGCAUGGCGCACCUGGAUAGCAGUUCUGAACCGGGACUUACAUUAGGAGGCUAUUUCUGCCCACAGUGUCAGGCAAAGUACUGUGAGCUUCCUGUUGAAUGUAAAAUAUGUGGUCUUUCUUUGGUCUCAGCUCCCCACUUGGCGCGGUCGUAUCAUCAUUUAUUUCCCUUGGGCUUUCAAGAAAUUCCCCUAGAAGAAUAUAAAGGGGAAAGAUUUUGUUAUGGAUGUCAGGGGCAACUGAAGGACCAACAUGUCUAUGUUUGCACUGUGUGCCAGAAUGUAUUUUGUGUGGACUGUGAUGUUUUUGUUCAUGACUCUCUCCACUGUUGUCCUGGCUGCAUUCAUAAGAUUCCAAUUCCUUCAGGUAUUUGAUUCCAGUAUGAGUACACAUAAUGUGUCAAAAAGAAAUUUGUGUUGGGCACACCCAUUAUCCCAGCACUCAGGAGGUUGAGGCAGCAGGAUCCUUGAGUUUGAGGCCAGCCAGGGUUACAUAGCAAGUUCAAGGCCACCAUGAACUACAUAACAAGACUCUGUCUCAAAAAAAAGAAAAGAUUUGAAACUAUAAGGUGAUUCUUUAGAAAAAGCUCCAAUUAAAACAUGAAGAACAGUUUAAGAGAAAAAUCUGAUAUAAGAAACUUUUUUGUGGCCUGGGUGUGUUGGUACACACCUGGAUUCCCAGCACUUGGGAAGCUGAGGCAGGAAGAUAGCUGUGAGUUUGAGGCCACCCUGAGCUGCAUAGUGAACUCAAGGACAGCCUGAACUACACAGCAAGAAAAAAAAAAAAAACUUUUUUUCACAAGACUAUUAAGUCUUUGUUUCUUGUCACAAAAGGCCUAGAAUUCAUUAGUAUUUUAUUCAACGAAUUUUGUAUUAUUUAGAGUCAUGUGUUCAAAGUCCUUGUGCAUUAGUAUGUGCAAAUUAUAAUUGAAGUACAUUAAAUGUUUGUGAUUUAUUUUAAUUCAUUAAUUUAGUGUAAGAAGACAUUAAGAACACAUUGUAAGAGGUGGGAGUUAAGCUCAGAGGUGUAGGUUUCUGCUCGGCAAGGGUAAGAUGGUGAGUUUCAUUCCUGGUACCAAAACAACUAAACAAACAAAAAACACAUUGUAAGAUGGAAGUUAUAUAAUAAUUAUGAAAUGUUAACACAUACGAAAUAAUGCACUGCUGCAUCCUCCAGAGUGUUCUGUUUGGACUUAAAAUAUUUGGAGUUCAAUUAUAAAAUCUGAAGUAAGUUCUCUGGCUGUGACCAACAGGAGGCUUUUAGGUUUAACACACCAACUCACAAGCCCACACCACCCUUGGCACCAGUUCACAAGAAAGAGAUGAAAGAGAACCACAGCCUGGAGCAGGGCCACAUCGCAUACCCGCCAUGGGGUCUGGACACAGCUUUGCAGGCAGGGGUCUCUUAACUGCGAGGCUGGCAUCUUCCCUCUAUGAAGUCACAGGGCUUCCAUGCUUAAACAACAGUGGAAUUCCAAUGCCGUGGGAAAAGGUUUUGGCCUCUUUUAUGCACUACACUGAUUGCUUUUAAAAUACCAUACAGAAUGCAGGAUGUUGGAUGCCACCAUUUUGGUUGGUUGUUACCUGAGUCUUGCUUGUGUAGUUCAGGCAAAUGAAACCAAAGUUGAGAUAUCUUCCUCUUUGAACCUCACUGAGUGUUUAAUUAUUGUCUUCCAUUAUUCUGCGCUGGGUCACUAGGGAAAUUUAGCUGAGAAGAUCUGUUUUUUUGUUUUUGUUUUGGCACCGGAGCUCGAACCUCAUGAUCAGGCAUUUGCAAAGCAGAUGCCUAUGCCGCUGAGCUAAAUCCCUAGCUCCCAAAAUCUGUUUUUAGGUCCAGUGCAGCUGUGUUGUUGGUAGAACUCUUCAAGAUGUGCCCUGUUGAGAGUGAAUAAAGCUUCCAUUCUGUAACAAA